AGUGUCAGUAAAACCCUUUCUGUCUACAUAACACACUCGGAGCAAAACCCUAACUAACACAGAAGCCAACUCAUGACGGAGAAGAAGAAGAACAAGACGAUGAGGGAGAAUGAUGAGGGAGCUCCUUUUCCUUCUGAUAUUGUUACUUCCCCAGCUGUAUCCGAUUCUGACUCCGAUUACGAGUCCGAUGACGCCGACUCUUCUUCAGAUGACUCCUUGGAUUCCCAAUCUCAAUCUGAUUUUCAAUUCGACUCACCAGAGCAUGCUAGCUCCGAUGAUUCAGAACCUGCAUCUUCUCAAGAUGAGGAUCAUGAUGAUGAUGAUGAUGAUGAUGAAGAUAGUCAAAGUGAGAACUCCGAAAGCCACCAGGGAGGGGAUGAGAGUGACUCCUCGGAGGAUGAGGUGGCUCCGCGAAAUACUGUUGGAGACGUCCCGUUGCAGUGGUAUGAGGAUGAACCCCAUAUUGGAUACGACAACACGGGAAAGAAGAUUAAGAAAAGAGAAAAGCAAGACAAAUUGGAUUCCUUUCUUGCCAACAUUGAUGAUUCUAAGCAUUGGCAGAAGAUCGUUGAUGAGUACAAUGAUGAAGUAGUUGAGCUGACGAAAGAGGAGAUCAAAAUUGUCCGUAGACUGCUCAAGAGCCGGGCACCACAUUCUGACUUUGACCCAAAUCCGGAUUAUGUUGACUGGUUUAAAUGGGAUGAUGCCAACCAUCCAAUUUCUAAUGCACCUGAACCAAAAAGAAGGUUUAUUCCCUCAAAGUGGGAAGCUAAAAAGGUUGUGCAGUAUGUUAGAGCAAUUCGCAAGGGAUUAAUAACUUUUGACAAGCCAAAGGAGGAAGAUGGUCCAUAUCUCUUGUGGGAAGAUGAUUCUGGUUUGACUGAAAAAGCAAAUCAUUUGGCUUACAUUCCUGCACCAAAGCAGAAAUUUCCUGGCCAUGAUGAGUCAUAUAAUCCUCCUCUAGAGUACAUUCCAACCCAAGAAGAGUUGAAUUCAUAUCAAUUGAUGCCUGAAGAUGACCGCCCUAAGUUUAUCCCGAAAAGGUUUACAUCUAUUAGAAGCAUCCCUGCAUAUGAGAAUGCUAUGACGGAAUGUUUUGAACGCUGUAUGGAUUUGUACUUGUGUCCUCGAGUUCGAAAAAAACGUAUUCAAAUUGAUCCUGAAGCCUUAAAGCCAAAGCUUCCAAAUAGAAAGGAGCUUAAGCCUUAUCCCAUAACAUGCUAUAUCGAGUAUAAAGGCCAUGAAGAUGCAGUCACUUCAAUUUCGGUUGAAUCAUCAGGGCAGUGGAUGGCUUCAGGUUCAAGUGAUGGAACUGUCCGUGUCUGGGAGGUUGAAACUGGCAGAUGUCUCAGGCGAUGGGAGGUUGGUGAAGCUGUUAACUGUGUUGCGUGGAACCCUCUGCCUGAUAUUCAUAUUCUGGCUGUCUCAGUGGGACAAGAUGUACUUCUACUGAACACUUGUGUGGGCGACGAAGAAGAACAGAAAAGGAUUAAUGAGCUUCUCUGGGUUGACUCAUCAAUUGCAUCACAUGACUCUGGCAAACAAUCUCCUAGUGUAAGCUGGCUUAGAGAUGAUAAACAUGCGGGUAUACGGUUAAAACAUAUUAAGACUGUUACUUCUGUGGAAUGGCACCGGAGAGGUGACUACUUUUCAACAGUGAUGCCAGCAGGUGAAUCUAGAUCAGUUCUGAUCCACCAAUUGUCGAAGAAGGUUACACAAAAACUUCCAUUUAAGUUAAGCGAACUUGUUGUUGGAUCAACCUUCCAUCCAUCCCUUUCCAUCUUCUUUGUUUGUACAAAAAGGAUUGUUCGUGUGUAUGAUUUAGUGAAGUCUAAGCGCUUAAAAAAGCUUUAUACUGGGCUUAGUGAAGCCUCGUCCAUUGCAGUUCAUCCUGGAGGAGAUAAUUUAAUUGUGGGGAGCAAAGAAGGGAAAAUGUGCUGGUUUGACAUGGACCUUUCAUCUAAACCUUAUAAAACUCUUAAGUGUCACCCGAAAGAUAUCAACAAUGUGGUCUUCCACCGUUCAUAUCCCUUGUUUGCUUCAUGUUCAGAUGAUUGCACUGCAUAUGUUUUUCACGGAAUGGUUUAUUCUGAUCUCAAUCAAAAUCCUCUUAUUGUUCCUUUGGAAAUUCUACGAGGCCAUACAAAUUCAAAUGGUAGAGGGAUAUUGGAUUGCAAAUUUCAUCCCAGACAGCCCUGGUUAUUUACGGCCGGUGCUGAUAAACUUAUUAAAGUUUACUGCCAUCAAUAAAAAUAUGGAUAUUUUGCUAAACACAUGCUUGUGAUAGGUGGAUCUCAUCUAUAAAAGGGAAGGGCACCUGGUUAAAUAGAGAGCAUUGCUUGCCCCAAAUGGAAGGGCACCUGGUGUGCGAGUUUCAGGCCCUCUGUUUUCUAGUUUAUUGGUGGAGAAUCAAUCAAUAUAAUGCAGUGGGUAAAUUUUAUUCCACACUCCACAUCUAUCUUAUUCAAUCUUCCGAAGAAAUAUUAUUCCAGGAAUUUAUAUUCGUAAAACUUUGUUUACGGUUGAAACAAUUAAAAUUUUGAUGUAAUAUAUAUAUACACCAAGAGAAGCCAAUUAUUCCUAGAAAUUUUUGAGAUUUUUUGUGUGAACAUUUAUUACAUUGCGAAAUUUGAGAUUGAAUGGGACACCUAUAUGUUUUUACUA